AUGAUCAUUUCUUAUCGAAUUAAAUGUGGCUUAACAAUUGCAAGUACAACACCGAAAAUAUGGAAAUUUUUCGCAUUACCAUAUAUAGGCUUACAUUUAUAUAAAUAUUCACCUUGGUUAUGGACAAAUCUAAUCCCACAUUUACACGAUGAUAAACAAUUUUUUAGUGAUGUAGCAAUACAUACUGCUAAAUGGUUUAAAUGUGGUGGAAAUGUAAUAAAUAAUGGAAAUGAUAAAUCUAUCUAUUGGAAGUUUAUCAAUUUAAAUAUUUAUAAACCUCCAUUGAUACAUCAUAGUAAAUUACCAUCCAACAUCAUAGAAUUCUGGACAUCAUUAGCGAAUUAUGGAAUAAAUACACAUGAUAGACUUGGUAAAACAUUAGAAGAGAAGAAAUGUUUAUUCUGCUCAUUACCAGAAACAUUACCACAUAUUUUCAUUACUUGCCCUUUUUUUAACGAGAUUUACAAAUUGUUAUUUGAAUACAUUAAUAAGUUUAAUGUAUCAAUCACAAGAAGUGAAUAUGAUAUCAUUUAUCUAAAGAUUGUCUCAUCAACAACAUCGAGGAUAGUUCAAAGACAAAUUACAUAUUCGAUUGGUAAUUACCUAUAUGCAAUUUGGUCAUAUAGAUGUAUUAUUAACAACAGUAACAAUCGAAAUCAAAAAGAUCAUCCUGGUAAAUGCCAAGAUAGGUUUAUGAUAUAUAUGAAAAAGUUUCCAUUUGACAAUGGUUAAUUGUUAGCGUCAUUAGAUGGUACUUUAUGAUGCUGACUGCCCAUGCAUAUCUUCAUCCUCCCCUUUUUUUUUUUUUUUCUCUAUGUGUUUUUCGAUUGUUAUAUAUGUGUAUAUAUAUAUGUAUCUUUCUCUCCUCCGUAUGUGCGGUUCGAUAGAUUGCAUAUAUGUAUAUGUAUAUAUCUUUCUCUCU